AUGACGCCAUACAAGCUGGUCACAGGAGGUGACUACAACCAUCCUGUAGCCACAUUGGGAGAAAUAGUGCUUGGCAAGGUGCCGAGCCCCAAAGGCAAGAUCCAACGCCGAUGGAUCAAAGGAGUGUGGCUUGGAAAGCUGGACAGGGACGACAGCAAUGUGCUCGGCACAGCGUCAGGUGCAAUCGCUGUGCGGUCCAUAAGGCGACUGCCCAAGGAGGGACAGAUCAGCUCAGAGCUGAUGGCAGCCAUGAAGGGAACCCCUUGGCAGCCGAGAGAUGGUGUGAGGCAUAAGAUCACUCGUGAGUUGUCUCAGCCAAUCGCUUUUCCAGCACCAGCCGCAUCGGGUAGCCCCGAGCGAGAAGAAGCAGCAGAUCGGGAGCAUCCGACGCUGGCAGUGGACGGACACAACGUCGACCACGACGCCCUCGUGGUACAAGCCGCGGCACAGCUAGAGGAAGAGCUGGAACCGAUGCAGGAUGCGGAGGAAUUUCCAGAUCUAGCGGGUGGCCCCGCAGACGUCAGUCCCGUUCCAACAACGCCAGCGGAAUCCGAGAUUGCAGAUCCUCCGCCGCCCGAGCACGGGCCGAGCGGGUCUCCACCGCCCUUUCGGGGAGCGGGAUGGUCCUCAAACUUGCAAAGUCUUCCCAAUGAACCCAUGAGUCCAUCUGGAUUGGGGGCAGGAGGGAAACGAGAGAGGACUAAUCCGGGAGAACUGAAGACCGGCGAAGCUGAUGCAAAGCAGCCCCGGCAAGCAGGGAUCUUGCAGCACUUGACAACCAAAGAGAUUUGGGACAAAAUCCAGCAAUGGGGAAACUCAGAAGAACCGAACAACCCAACAGCGAUCCAGCGAAUUUCAAAUGUGACAGAAUUCGUCGAUCAGAUGCUCGACCCUGAGGAGGUAUCCAAAGCCCGAAAGGCACAACUGCGAAAGCUGUGGGAGCGAGGAGCGUUCACUCCCAUCCACAGAAAAGACAUACCCCAGGGAUCGCAGCUUUUUGGUCACAAAUGGGUAGACAAGUGUUCACGAGGGACUUACAAGUCGCGCUUCACAUGCGCAGACGUCAAGGCGCGAUACACCCAAGAGCAAGAGGCUGAGCUGGAUGUUUUCGUGCCAACUCCAACUCCUGAGUCUCACAAUGUCUUAGAAGUAUAUGCCCUCAUGAACAAGUUCUACACGAGGAGCUUAGACAUAGUUGCAGCCUUCCUCAUAGGAAGGGACCGGGGCGCAGCACAAGGUAAACCGGUCUAUGUCCGAGCACCCAUCGAAUGGUGGGAUCUCUUCCUCGAAUGGCUCGAAGAAGUCAACCCGGCGGAUCGGCAGUGGUACAAGGAUCGGUUCAAGGAAAUGUGUUUCCGGCUGGAUGGAAAUUUCUACGGUCGAAGAACGGCCGGAUCUGUGUAUAGAAAUGAGCUAGAAGAGAUAGUGUGCUCGCGGGUAGACCCGCAGCGGUAUGCUUUUGUCAGGGGUCAGAAAGAUCCGUGCAUUUUCCGGUGCACCAAGACUGGCAUUGUACUGCUGCACCAUGUGGACGACAUCCGCGCAGCAGGACCUUCAGAGGCCCUAGCGCAUCUCUUCGAACAAGAACUACCGCGACACUGCGAAGUGCAAGCGGGAGAACUCGAAAAGGAGGGAACGGCAGUGGAAUACCUGGGACGCACCAAAGUGCGCAGUGAAGAUGCAAUCCUCACUAUCCCAGACGAAAAGCACAGGCAAGCCGUGAUCUCCGCAGCGGGUAUCUCCGCGCGUGACAGGAGUGAGGUUCCUUCCAAACAAUUGAAUCUUCUGGAAACCACUCCCCUGUCCGAAGAAGAAGCAAAACGCUAUCGCAGCGCAGUAGGAUCCGCGAUCUACCUGAGUUUGGAUCGCAGAGAUAUACAAUAUGCUGUGAAGGAAGCAGCGAGACACAUGUCGCAGCCAAGGCAGUGUGACAUGAAAGCUGUGAAGACACUUGCAGCAUACCUGCAAACUCACCCCACGGUUGGCAGGGUGGUAACAUGUGAUCCGCCAAGUGCGACUGGCGAAUGGAGCAUAGAGUUGUAUUCCGACUCAGACUGGGCAGGGUGCCUCGAGAGCCGAAGGAGCACCGACUGUCAUGUGGCAGUAGUCUGUGGAGCUGUGGUUGCUUGCACAACCCAGACGCAACCCGGACUGCCAGCUACUAGCAGCCCAGAUGCGGAACUAAGAGGUGUAUCCAGAGCAGCCAGAGAAGCAAUCUACUUGCGCGAUCUCAUCACCUUAGAUUUUGGCCAACUGGGCGGGAAGCCCCGCCUAUGGACCGACAGCUCGUCGGCCAUGCAGGCAGCGAAACGCAUAGGUCCAGGAGCCAAGUUGAGGCACCUGGAAGUCUGUGAGUUUUACGUGCAAGGAGCGAUCCAGUCAAAGCAGCUCGCUUUGGGAAAGGUGAAAGGAACGCUCAACUGUGCAAACUUUCUGACGAAACAUCCCAAGUCAGGGACAGAGGUAAAGCAAGCCCUACCUGGAUUGGGUAUGUGCGAAGCUCACGACGGAGAGGAUGUGCUAUCAUCCACAAAGCGUAUCUCCGUCAAGGUCUCGACUGUGACCAAGCAGCAUGCUUGGAAGACUCCGGUCCCAGCAAGCGUUGCUUGGAUCGAUAACAGAAAGGACCGAGCGGGUAGCACCGCCCCGAAAACAAAGGGCAGUGUGAACUACAUCAAGUCGUUGGUGAUUCUCAGCCAGAUCACCGCAGUGCGAGCGCAGAGACAAGGAAAUCAGUGGAUUAAUCCAAUUGUCCUGUACAUCCUCGCGCUCGUAGGCUUGUUAGCCAUCUAUGUGAAGCUGUAUCAGCUAGGAGUGCUGAUCACAGACUGGCUUUUCCCGCCUGAAGGCGAAAAUCAACUUCCCGAACAACCGGUUCAAGUUGAAGGAGCCGAAGUGCAACUUCAGCUGGAUAGCGCUACGGUGCGCCUCAACAUCACCGCCUACCGAGACGGUAGACCGCUGAACAUCAGCCAGACGGUGAAUGCGCCAGCGGAAGCCCCGCGGCUAGGUUCCGCGGAAGCCCCGCAGCCUCAACCGGCGGAAACCCCGCGGCAGGAGGAACUAACUCCUAGUCGCAUCGAGCGCUGGUCAGAGGAACAGUGGGUGCAGAGAGGGGCAGAAAGCAACAUGACCCUCCAGGAGCUGAUCGAAUGGCGCAGGCGCGAAGAAAGGCUGAUUCAUGGGCAAGACCCAGACUCCAGCCAAGAUGAACCAGGUGAGUCAACUUCGCACAGUGCGGACAGCCCCGCCUCUGAGCGGGAUGUACCGCCUGAGCGGGAGGAACCGCCUGAGCGGGUAGCACCGCCCGAGCGGGCGGAGCCGCCGAUCUCCAGUUCCGGCCCGGAGCUUUUGACGGGAGACCCCGCCAUUGAGCGGGAAGCUCCGCUAGAUCCCUUUGAUGGGAUGAGUCCAAAUGAGCUCCAGCAGUGGCGCGAGGCGGCAGCUCCAGUGGCGGCAGCCCUUUCUCUGGCCACAGCUAGCCAGGAGAGGAGAACCUACAAGAGGUCUCGUCGAGCCCCGUAUCGUGCCACUCGCCAUGCUCAUGUGGUCUAUGAAGAAGACCUCGAAGGGGACUAUGAAGAGCACUACGAAGACAAGACGGAUGACGAGGACCUGGAGCAAGAAAGCACUGAAAGCGGGUCCGCGUCUCCGGAGGAGAAGGCCAAGAAGAGCAGGGCUGACAAGCGUGUCCAGAAUCUCAAGCGGCAGAUUGAUGGAAUGUUCAAGAUCAAGGCCUGGAAGACCUUAUCUGCCAAAGAACCAGUUCAAUUCUUGGGCGUGGACGCGGAUUCAAAUGGUAUUCACGACGACAUGAUGCAGUACAUCAAACAGAUCAAGGUGGAACCUUUGAGUGGCUCUGGACCACUUAAUCCAAGGGAGGUGACGCUCUAUCGUCAGCUCGUCAUGCGUCUUCGGUGGCCGGCCCAACAGGCCAUGCCACACAUGCUGUAUGAGAUUUCAGCCCUAGCACAGCGUGUGAGCCGCGCUCAACACAGUGACUAUAAGGAAGCUGUGACGCUUCAUCAAAAGUUUGUGGAGGAAGCUUCCCAGGGCCGCGCCCAAUUGACCUAUCCCAAGCUGAAAGAGAAGGAGAAACGAUUCUACAUUAGCUUCUUCGAUGCCUCGGUUGGAAAAGAAGACGACGGAAAAUCUCAGCUUGGAUCAAGUCACUUUCUCACAACAGAGAAAGCACGGUCAGGACCAGCAUUGGCACCGGUGGUGGAAUUCUCCACCAAUAAGAGCUCUCGAGUUCUGAGGAGUUCAAUGUCUGCCGAGAGCUGCAGCAUGUCCAUCUGUGUUGACCGUCACUUGUACGGGCGCUUGGUUUUGGAUCGUUUGCUCCACGGCAACAGACCCUUGGAUGAGGAUUGGCGCUUGUCAAUGGGUCUUGAUGGAGGCGUGACCGAUGCAAAGAGCCUCUAUGACCAUUUGAAUACAACAGGUCAGCUUCCGACGGAGCGCCAGACUAUGCUGGAUUUGCUACUGGAGCGUAUAUGUUGUUUUGGGUCCCCACUCAUCGACAGCACGCCGAUGGCUUAA